GCCCUUUGUUUAUAUGUGUCUCGUUGUACCAAAUUUUUUUUGUAUAAUUAUUUAUGCGAAUCAGACGGUGGUGGAGGCAGAUGGUUUGGUCAAAAAAGGAAGGGGUUGAUUUUUAGGUGUCCAUAUAAUAUCGUUCUGUCCAUCGGUCGUGUUGCUAAACUAGCUAUGUUCAAUUCUCAGACAUUCAGAGUUCAAACUCUGAAACAGUUGCAACGAUUUCUGCAGUUUCAAACCAAGAAUCUGAAUGUUUCAAAGAGGAACCUCCAUCUCACUCAAGUCAGAAGUGAUGCAUCGUGUGUUCACAGAAAUGGAUUUGCAGUAUUGACCUUACCUCUACCAUCUCGAAAUGAAGAAUGUGAAUUUACUUUGCGUCCAGUUAGUCAAACUGUUAACGAUUUAGUUUCAUUUGUACAAGCAGAAGAUGGUGGCAUCGACAGAAUAGCUGUUUAUACAAUGGAAGGAAAAAGAGUUUCACACUCAACGCCUAUAGAUAUAUUGAUCCAAGGAGAUUUCAAAAUAGUUGUUAACGAUAAAACCUAUGAUAUUAUCCCACCUAAACCUGAUACUUUUCCAGUUGAUUACGAGGACCAGCUCUCCAGCACAAAAAAUUUAAUUGCUCAGCUGUACACUGAUGUCAAUGUUCAAGCAUAUAAGGAAAAUCGUGAACGUGCUAUACAAGUAUACUUAGAUUCUUUGAAAAACGAAUUGGCACCAUUAGAAGAGCAAAAAGCACUGAUUGAUGCAAGAGCUGCCCAAAGAACAAACGUUUUGAUCUGGUCAGGGUUAGGUUAUAUGGCUUUACAGUUUGGUUUUCUUGCUCGACUGACUUGGUGGGAAUACUCUUGGGAUAUCAUGGAACCCGUUACAUAUUUUGUGACGUAUGGCACUAGUAUGGCAAUGUAUGCAUACUUCGUGUUGACGAGAGAGGACUGCAACUACCCAGAGGUUCGCAACCGUUCUCACUUGCUCACCUUUCAUCGGGAAUCGAGCAAAAAGAAAUUCGACGUGCAUCAGUAUAACGCAAAAAAAGAUCAAAUGGCGAAACUAGAAAAUGAACUUAAACUUUUACAGUCGCCACCCGCAUUUGUUGAUAUGAAUAAAGCCAUCGAAACGUAAACAGUGACUUAUAAUGGUAGACACAGUAACGGACUAUUAUUUUUGCACUUUUUUUACAAACUUAUAUGCGCAUACUAAAGGAAUGUAGACGUUUAAUUUAUAUUGGUACCUUAUGCUGGAUUUACACUGGCAAAUAUGAAAUCUUCAGUAAUUUUUGUUUGUAAGACACACAAAUAUGGACAUGUGUAUGUGGGGAUUUAUAUUUUGUAUUUAUAUACUGAGCCACUCUGGCCACAUCUGAAAACAAGUUUCAAAAUUAAAAAAUACCUGGAAAAUAUUUUUUCGAGUCUGUUUUGCAAGUUCUCUUUUUCUAUCACCAAGUUAAAAGUUUCAUUUUUCUCAAAAAAAUUUCUGUUCUUUUUCAAGCCAGAUAACUUCUAAAAAAAAAGACAGAAAACUUCUGGAAUUUACUUCUUAAAAAUAAGUAGCCACCCUGUGAACUUAGCAUUACUUGACUGUGCACACGAAUCUCAUAUUUACGUUUCGCUGCCGGUUAUUUCAUUUACCUUAUAUGUACCAUUUUGAACUGAGAUAAUUUUACGGCUAACCUGAAAAAAUUGCGAAAUUUGCUGGCAGGAGAAUGGCGUGUUGGGUUUAAACUUUGUAGGUAGAUAAUUUAGUGAAUAAAUAAUUUUUUGAUUUUGUAACGCUCA